AUGGCGGGCGAUCACGGCCUGGACUGGGGCGGGGUCCACCACGAAAAGAGGUGGACCAUCCUGCGUACGCAGAAGCGCUUCUUCUUCUGGGCCCUUUACACGUCCAUCGGCUCCAUGAUGUUAGGCUUCGACUUUGGCAUCGCCGGCACCGCAACCGCCUACCCUGCCUUUCAACAGGCCAUGGGCAUCCCCUGGCCCUCUCAACCAUCGGGGUACCUUAUCCCCGCCAAGAUCCAGUCCGCUUGGUCCGGAGUCUCCACCGUGGGAGAUGCUAUCGGCAUCCUCAUCUCCGGCCAGCUUAUGGAUCGCAUCGGUCGCAAGUGGACGACGUUAAUAGGCGCCGUGUUCACCUGCGCGGGCAUCGGCGUGCAACUGCGCGGCUUCUACCUCUGCCUCACCAACGGCUCCAUCGUGCUCGGCCAGUUCAUCCUCUCCCUCGUCGCCUACGCCGCCGAGCAAAUCGACGGCAAGUGGUCCUACCAGACCCUCGUCGUCCUCCAGUUCGUCUUCGCCAAGGCCCUUUCCUGCCUCGAGCGCGUCCACGGCCGAAAGGACCGGGCUCUCCUGUCCGCUGAGAUGGCGCGCCUCGCCGAGGUGAUUCGCGCGUCCGAGGAGUUGGCUGUCGCUGCGAGGGCGCAUGGACCGCUGUUUUUGCAGAUAUUCAGGGGUAUCAAUCUGAAACGAACCUUGAUCGCCAUCCUUCCUAUUAUCGCGCAACAACUCAUCGGCGCCGCUUUCGUCCUCGGGUACAUCACCUACUUCCUCUCUCAGCAACGCAUGCGCUUCCCCUUGAUUGAGACGGCAGGCCGUAGGCCGCUCUUGCUAACUGGCAUGGUCGCCUUGACAAUCAUCGAGCUAAUAAUGGGUACUAUGGGCGCCAUCCAUCACAAGGCCGCCAUCUGGGUGAUUCUCGUCUGCAUCUUCCUCUGGGCCGUCUUUUACCAAUUCUCCGUCGGCGCCGUCGGCUUCGCCCUAGGAUCCGAAAUAUCCUCCCCGCCUCUCCGCGCCACCACCAUCUCCUUCCUCGGUCUUACCCAGUGCAUCGUUGGCUGGCUCAUCGGCUUCAUCUCUCCGUACCUGAUCAACCCCGACGCCGGGAACCUUGGCGCCAAAAUCGGCUUCAUAUUUGCCGGAAUGGGGUUCCCCUGUGCAUUCUCUUCUGGUUCUUCAUCCCCGAGACCAUGGGGCUCACCUACGAAGAUAUGGAUCACUUCUUCGAAUCCAAGAUAG